GUCAUUCAGGCUGGCUAAAUACAGACACCUCACAGACACGCAGGCUGUUCACAGCUUCUGUAAACAAGCCACGCAGACAGAAACAAGAAAGACAGCCCGCAGAGACAAUACAGGAGACGUAAGAAUGAAGUUCGGAAUGGACACUGCAGUGCAUGGCAGCGCCUCUAUGAUCCGAAGCAUGUGGGAGAGUCGUGCGGAGAAGCCCAGACAAACUGAAGACGCGAUGAAGUUGGAAAUCAGGCGAGACACUCCGGUGUACGACCUGUCUCUGAUCCGAGGCAUGUGGGAGACCCGUGUGAAGAAGCAGAAAGUGAGGCAGAGGAGGGAGCAGGAGCGCCUCACACAGAGUGCACUGCAGAGGGUGAACCAGCAGUGGCAAUUUCGCAUAGCCUGCAGGAAGAUGAAGAGCAGUGAGAUGGUGGAGCUGCAACACUACCUGGAGAGGACGUCGCUGAGAGAGGUCACCAUUGAACCAUACCUCACGCCCACUGAGGGGCAAGACACAGGAGAUUCUGGGCUGGAUGUUGAAGAGAAAAGGUUCAUUUUUGAGCUGACUGGAGACCAAUGGAAGGAAGUCCCUGCCACCCUGUUUGAGAUGACCUAUCUUCGAGAAUGGCACAUCAAUGCAACAAGGAUUCUAAAGAUUCCAGAAUUCAUUGCAAUGUUCCAGGAACUAAGCGUUCUGGACAUACCCAAAAAUUGUAUUGACGAGUUACCAGCUGAAAUAGGUAAACUGACACAGCUGAGAGAACUGAACGCAAGUUAUAAUAAACUAUCAACCAUCCCACCAGAGCUGGGGGACUGUGAGAAUCUGGAAAGACUCGAGCUGACUUCAAAUGUCAAUCUCAUGGAAUUGCCAUUUGAGCUAAGCAACCUAAAGAAACUUGUGCACCUGGAUUUAGCUGAAAACAAAUUCAUUGGCGUACCCAUCUGUGUUCUGCGCAUGUCAAGCCUACAGUGGCUGGACAUGAGUAACAACGGCCUGAAAGAUCUCCCACAAGACAUUGACAGGCUUGAGGAGCUGACCACACUGUUCAUUCACAAGAACAAACUAACAUACCUGCCCAUGUCUUUGGCAAACAUAACAACCAUCAACAUGAUAGUUGUCACCGGAGAUGAUUUAACCAGGCUUCCUGCAAGGCUGGGGAACGAUCCAGCCAUAAAGUUUAUUCGAUUAUAUGAAAACCCCAUUGGCCAAGAGACACCCGAACAGGAGGGGGCUGAGGGAGAGGGAGAGCGAGAGGGCGAGCGAAGGCUUUCAGAUGACAGGGAGUUCCUGCACACCUACAUCGACAGCCUCAAAGAAAGAGACACAGCCCCAUUAUACACCAGAAAAGUUUCCCUGAGUUGCCUUCUGUGAGUGAUGGAGACCGAGAUGCAAUCAGCGUUUCAGGUCAAUGUGGCAGAACUUCCAGAAAUCACAUUGCAAGUAGCUACGUUUGUGUGAACUUCUACGUGUGGGUCAAAGGUCGAUAAAUGUGCACUUCCUGCUUCCUGUACGUUCCAUGGUCUGUUUCUCCACGGUCAUGAUCAAAUAGGCUGUCGUUUUGUGACGUGAAGAAUGUACUUCUCAAGGUGGUUAGAAGGGAUGUUGUUUUGACCCGGGAGUAUUUGCUGUGAUUCUGUUCCACGUAUUUAACAUUUGAACAUUCAGCAACAUCCAAUUCCUUUUUGAUACAGCAUGCCUGAUAACCGCAUUCAUUCUUGUAUGGUUUGACUUAAAUGACCAUUAGAUGGCAUGUACUGUACAUGUUUUAUCCAUAGUUUUUUUCCCCCUAAGGCAUCAUUUUUGUGUUUAACCUGUGAAUGUAGAGUGUGUUUUGAUGUGACCAAACAUGUUGUUGGGCAAUAGUGCUUUUGUUCGUAAGUGACUGGAAAUACAUAGAGUUGAGUAUGAUUGAGAGAGAGUGGGUGUGUGAAACUGAUGAUUUUGUAUAUGUUAAACUGUUUUUCCCUGUAAAUUAAAUGUCGUUUACUCAGUGACCUCA